AUGGGCUAUUGGGAGGAUGGGAGAUGGUGCUGGAAAUUUGAGUGGCAGAGAAAUUUACUAGAAAGGGAAGAACCAAGAGUUGUGGACAUGAUGAAACGAAUUGGUAGCUUUUCACCUAAACUGGAUGUCUGUGAUUCUUGGUGUUGGGUUAAGGAUGGAUCGGGAUUGUAUACUGUUAAAUCUGCAUAUGUGGAACUGCAGGGAAAUUCAGGUGUUGAGGAAAAGAGGGUGUUUAGAAGAACCUGGCAGACAACAGCUCCUUCGGGACAUAAAGCACUCGCUUGGAGAGUCCUUAUCAACAGGGUUCAAACCAGAUAUGAUUUGGCAAAAAGGAAUGCAAUACCCUCUAAUGCUUCUUUGAUGUGUGGUCUAUGCGCAAGUGAGGAAGAAAACAGUAUGCCCCUGUUCUUCAACUGUAGAGUAUCCUGGGGUGUGUGGAUGAAGGUCUGUAGAUGGAUGGGCUGUCAAACAGUUAUGGCAGUAGAGGCUGAGUCUCAUUUUAAUCAGUUUGAGUUUCUCUUGACGGGAAGCAAAAAAGCUGGUCAGAUUUUGAAUAUGAUUUGGAUUGCAACUGUUAACUCUAUUUGGCAGAAAAGGAAUGGCUCAAUCUUCAGAGGGGAAAAUGUGGAAUGUGAUGAAAUUGUGGAUUUGACGCAAUACAAGCUUUUGUAA